CGGAUGUCCCGCCCCGGCGCCCCGGAAGGAGUCGCGAGAGAGGCGGCACGGGCUGACAGUGUCCCUGAGCCUCCGAGCUCGUCCCGCCGGCCCCGGCGUCGCCGCCCCGCGCAGUGCCCAGCCCGGCCCUGCCGACCUGCCUCUACUGCCGGCUCCGCGGCCUUCCCCGAGGGCUGGAUGAUGGGCGCUUUCGCCCUGCAGACGGUGGACACCGAGCUGACCGCGGACUCGGUGGAGUGGUGCCCGCUGCAAGGCUGCAGGCACCUGCUGGCGUGCGGGACCUACCAGCUGCGGCGGCCGGAGGACCCGCCUGCCGACCCCCAGAGCAAGGGUAGAAUGGAAGUUGAGGAGCCUCGAGUCCGCUUAGGCCGUCUCUACCUAUACAAUUUCAAUGAGAACAAGUCUACUCAGCCUCUGGUCGAGAUCCAAAGAAAAGAUACUUCUGCGAUCCUGGACAUGAAAUGGUGUCACAUCCCGGUGGCUGGACAUGCCCUCUUGGGCUUGGCAGAUGCCAGUGGAUCCAUACAACUGCUCCGCCUGGUGGAAUCUGAGGAGAAGAGCCACGUGCUGGAGCCAUUGUCCAGCCUUGCCCUGGAGGAGCAGUGUCUGGCUUUGUCCCUAGAUUGGUCCACUGGGAAAACUGGAAGGGCCAGGGACCAGCCCUUGAAGAUCAUCAGCAGUGACUCCACAGGGCAGCUCCACCUCCUGAUGGUGAAUGAGACGGGGCCCAAGCUGCAGAAGGUGGCCUCAUGGCAGGCACAUCAGUUCGAGGCCUGGAUUGCUGCUUUCGAUUACUGGCAUACAGAAAUUGUGUAUUCAGGGGGCGACGAUGGCCUUCUGAGGGGCUGGGACACCAGGGUACCCGGCAAAUUCCUCUUCACCAGCAAAAGACACACCAUGGGCGUGUGCAGCAUCCAGAGCAGCCCCCACUGGGAGCACGUCCUGGCCACAGGAAGCUAUGAUGAGCACAUCCUACUGUGGGACACACGGAACAUGAAGCAGCCGUUGGCAGACACGCCUGUGCAGGGUGGGGUAUGGAGAAUCAAGUGGCACCCGUUCCACCACCACCUGCUCCUGGCCGCCUGUAUGCACAGUGGCUUUAAGAUCCUCAACUGCCAAAAGGCAGUGGAGGAGAAGCAGGAGGCGACGGUCCUGGCAUCCCACACAUUGCCCAACUCGCUGGUGUAUGGAGCCGACUGGUCCUGGCUGCGCUUCCGUUCUCUGCAGCGGGCCCCCUCGUGGUCCUUUCCUAGCAACCUAGGAACCAAGACGGCAGACCUGAAGGGUGCAGGCGAGUUGCCAACACCCUGUCAUGAAUGCACAGAGAAUAGCGAUGGGGCGGGCCAUGCCAGACCCCAGAGUGGAAUGAAGCCACUCACAGAGCGCAUGAGGAAGAGCGGCACCUGGCUGCAGGCUACAGCAGCCACCACGCGUGACUGUGGCGUGAACCCGGAAGAAGCAGACUCGACCUUCAGCCUCCUGGCCACCUGCUCCUUCUAUGACCAUGCGCUCCACCUCUGGGAGUGGGAGGGGAACGGAGCUUGAAAUCACAAAGCUCCUUCCCAUAAGGAAACCAGGAGGGAGACUGAGUGAAUGCCUGGGACUACCUCAUCGGAGAUGCUUACUGCAGCCCUGCAGACGCCUGUGCACUGAUGGAAUCCACAGUGUAGUCAGAAAAGCUGUUGACUUCUCUUAAAUCAACUUCCCUGCUAGGCCCCUGAAAAUGGACUGGGUGAUUCUCUCUGGCAGACAGUGGGGAAGAGACUCAGUUCCCAGCUUGCAGAUUUGUUAAGUUUUUCAGGUAGAUUUUGACUUUCAGCCUUUCAUACUUGUUUAAGCAACUAUUUAUAUUAAAUGAAGUUUUUUGAAAAACAUGACUUUA